AUGGCGGGGUUAGGUUGGGAUAAUUGAACCGUAGAGAAAACAGUUCUAUAACCAAAACUUAUCAUGAUUUAUAAUUGAAAUCUGGGGUUUUUUUUUUCUUCUCCAAAAAACUAUUAAUAUCUGUAAAUCAAAAGUUCAAGAACAGGAAAAAUGUCGGAUUUUUUGCCUGAAGGAAUCAUCACCAACAUCCUCAAAAGACUGCCCGUCAAGCCCCUUAUCUGCUGCAUGUCCGUUUCAAGAUCAUGGUACACACUAAUCACUAGCCCAGAAUUUAUUUCCAUUCAUCUGAAUUUCAGCGUUGCUAGCAGUGAAGGUUCCCCUCUACUUUUAUUAAGGCGUUGCAUUAGAAAAAAUGAGCGUUACGAGUUGUUCUAUGAUAAUGAAUCUUUUGAUCGGCAUUUUAGGCUCCAAUUCCCCUUUAGAAGCAUAAACUCAUUUUUCACAAUCAUCGGUAGCUGCAAUGGAUUGUUAUGUCUUUCUGAUGAUCGAGUAUUUUAUAUGAACACUAUAAUUAUUUGGAACCCGUGUGUUAAAAAGUCAGUUCUUCUUCCGAAACCCAAUAUGGUAUACAAUUCAUAUGGUAGUUUUAUGCAAUCGCUUGGAUUCGGGUUCGAUCCUGUUAGAAAUGACUAUAAAGUUGUUAGAAUUACAUACACUGAUUUGGGUAGAUGCCUGCCUCAGGUUGAGCUUUAUAGGUUGAGCAUAGGGGUGUGGCAAGACAUUAGUCAUUUGUCGCUUCAGUACGUUAUACAUAAUAAGUCACGCCAGGCUUAUAUAAAUGGCGCUGCUCAUUGGAUUGGUCGUGACUUGUAUGGAAAUGAUACGAUUUUGUUGUUUGAUAUGUGUGACGAGGUGUUCAGGACGGUGAUACUGCCUGGUAGUCUUGCAAAAGAUGAUUCUGCGAGAAAUAAGGAAUUGAUGAUCUAUAAGGAAUCGCUUGCUUUUGUUUUAAAUGAUGUAUCUGGGGUAGAACAUGAUUUUUGUGUAUGGGUGAUGGAGGAAUAUGGCGUCGUGGAGUCAUGGAACAAACAAUUCAACAUUAAUUUUCACGAUUUUGGCAGGGGAUUUAUGAAGCCAUUGUGGAUUAGAAGAGAUGGUGAAGUUUUAAUAGUUACAAAGGAUGGCUCUAUGGUUUCUUGUGGCUCCAGUGGAGAAGAAGUUACUGAUCUUGGAGUCCAUGGCUCUAGAUUGGAGGAAUAUCUGCGCUCUGUUCAUGUCGAUGGUUACAUCAAGAGUCUGGUUCUCCUAGAGAAGGGGCCUCAUUUCACUGAUUCAAUCACUUUAAGGGAGCUACCUUCUUUGCAGAGUGAUGACUGUGAUUCUGAUACUGACAGUGGAAGCGAUUACAACAAAGAAGUUAAUACGAGCACAGGGCAAAAUAUUCGCUUCCAAUUUUAGCAGUAUAAGGGAAUCUGAGAAAAGCCAUAGGAGGGAUUCGAAGCUUGUAUUGAUUCCAACUGAAACAAGAACAACAAAUAUAAGCCAACAAACCAUUUCUCUAGUUAUUAAGAUCAUCAUUUCUGCGAUUUGAUGUGGUGGAGCUCCAAUAGAAGCAUGUGUAAUCUCACUUCUAUAUCCUUUACAGCAUCUCCAAUGGUGGUGUAAUUUAGAUCUCCAAAGUGGCCAGAAACCUCGAGAGGCAAAGAAAGUGCAAAUUGUAUUUUUCGGCAGAAAAUGUAAAAAAGGAUGAUCUUUUUCAGCUGGGUUUUGUUUUCGGCUUUAAGAUUUCGCUUUUGAACGUGUUACCUAAUCGUAUUUUUAAUUGAUGAUCUUUCUUGAUGUGGCAAAUAAUUUGUUUUAUUUUUCCAAAAGAUAUUGAUUGGCC